AUGGGAUCUCGGGCGGUCCCCGACGCACCGCUGGGCUUGCAGCCUUCGCCUGCUGCAUACCAUCACCACUUCAGCCAGGUCGCGAACCACCAAGCAACAUUCCAGCAACCACCUCCUGCUUCGUAUCCGUCGUCUUCGCAGCAACAGCACGUGGUCCACCACAUGACCCCAUACUCUGUCUCGCCUGUCAGCCGUCCACUUUCCGCCACCAUGAACGGCAGCACCCCACCCUAUGCCUAUGCCGCCGCCACUCCGCCCACACACACAGUGGUCGCGCCUCAUUCCCAGCCAGGCCAGCCAACCGGUCUUCUGCCUGCAUUUUCUCUCCAAGUCCCCACCGUACCUCGUUACUCGUACGGAUACUCGUCCUCCAUUCAAAGACCUCCAGGACAGGCGGACUACCUGCCCGCUCAACAGUUCCAGCACAAUGGCGGCGUCGGCUGCGGGGGUGGGGGUGGUGGUGGUGCCUUCCUCGGCUGCCCAGUAUUCAACCCUUCUCCACCUGGACUGUCUCCGGGCUACUCUCACUCGCCUGCCAGCUCGACUGGAUUUCCCCAUUCACCCAUGUCCACAAACGCGAGCCCGCACUCCAACUUGAGGCAUCAGAUAACAGUCCCCACACAAGCGUAUCCGGUUCCUCACAGUGCACCCUCGCUCGACGCUGUCGAGGUCGACGUCCAGACGGCCAAGGAGUACGUGAACCCGUCACUCUUUAACAACCGUCCCUUUGAGAGGUCAAUUUCUUAUGAUGGUGGCUCGAGUGCAGUCAAGUUGGAGCCUGACAAGGCUCGUACUUCGCCACCCCGUUUCGCAAUGUACGACUUUGUGGGCGGACCAGGAGGAAUGGCAAGGACUGCCAUCAGUCAUCCAGUCCGACCAGCCUUCCCUGACGCGGACUUUGCCCGUCCCGUGUCCACUUGCCAGAGUGGCACCAGCAUCGCCCCCUCUCCACGUCCUUCUCCCACUGAUGGGGUCUUUCUCGGCAACGUCCACGUCAACUGGAGUCCUACAGAAAACAACGCCGAUAUGCUUUCAGAUGCCGGCUCGGAAGGAAGUGACGAGGAAGACGUCAAGCCUGACAUCCACGACAAGUCUCACUCGCCCACCCCCGAGCUCCUAGGUCGUCAGGAGCCCGACUUUGUCUCCAACAGCCCUGCCCUCUCUUCACUUCCGAGCCACAGGUCCUCGCCUCUCCCCACAGAGUUUAGGGGGGUCCAGAAGCCGGAGUGGGUGAGGCGUAACCGUCGCCCCUCCCAGCACCGUACGCAAUACGAGAGCGAGGGUGAACCCGAGCUCUCUGACCUGUCCGAUUCCGAUUCCGAGGCCCCCGAGGAUAAGGAUGACAGCGAGUUUGUUCCUGGUAUGGUCUCCACCAAGUCGAGGUCGAGGAAGCGCACACGCAGGGGAUCCACCACCACCUCACCGGGUCGACCCGUCGUCUCACGGAACGUUUCCGUGUCCGCCACGCCCGCAGCGGCGGUUGCCACAAUGUCUACUUUUACGGGGCCAGUGCCUGCCUCUGCAGCUCAACCACCACCCGUGUCCCUCUUUGCCCUGCUGCAGGUGUACCCGGACAUUCCAAGGCUCUACCCUUUGUUCUACUACACGCUCCUGAACGACCUCAAGCUCAACCCGGACGCGGCGCCCAUGAUCGGCACCAUCCCGCAGACGUACAGCCAACUGGAAAAAUCCGACGCGCUGCGUGCCUUCUUCCACCGCGGCCGCCGCAUGCUCGCCCAGCUGGACGCGUUUACCGCCCGCUGUGAAGUCCACAUUGACCAGUUUGGCACGCGCGCCUGGCCGCCCAUCGACCGUGCCAUGCGCGUGGCGAUUCGCGAGGUGCGCCGAAAGAUUGUCGAGCGUUGCGAGAAUUACAAGUACACCAGGCGCGAUAUCCUCGACAAGCAGCUAGGAAAAGGACGCUGGGCACCCAUCGAGCAGGGCAUGGUCGAGUGGAAGCCAGGCAUGAACAACGCCGAUCCGGCGAUGGACCUGCGCGGCGUGAGCCUCGUCCGCCCCACCGCGCCGGGCGUGGGCGUGGGUAUGGGCAUGGGUGGUCCGCCACACACCCAGACGCAGACCAUGCCCCAGACCCAGGCCCAGAUCCAGACCCAGACUCCCCAGCUCCCAAGCACGGGCAGUCGCCAUGCACACCCCAUGCCGCCGCGCCCCAAAAUCAAGGACGAGGUCGUGUCACCCGAGUCGCCGCAACAGCAUGGGUGGCCGCAGAAGCGCCCUCGAGCUGUCCCGACCGCCUCGCCAACACCCGCAACUGCCACUGUCCUGGUCUCCACCACCCCGCCAGACGCUACCACUCGCGCAACCGCGUCUACCUCCUCUACACCCUCGAACGGAGGCCGAGACGGCCAAGACACGGCGCACCCAGGGCACCAGGCCGCUCCCAAACGCCGCAAGCGCAACAACACGAGCGAGGGCUCGUCCGGCACGUCUGGCACCAACCAGUCACCCCAGGCCGCCUACCUCGACCGUGACGCCAUGCACUCUCGACAGCAGGAGUACGGGCCUUACCGCUACGACGGCAGAGCCGGCAUGGAUGACGAGUAA